CUUAGUGUCGGCUCAGAGAUUUGCAAACGCGUCUGUUUCGCGUCGGGGAGCGAACGGCUCGGACAGGUGUUCGCGGUACCUGAUCGUAUCUGAAAGUCGUUUGUGUGUGUUUUAUAUACACACGAGCAUCUCUGAAGGUAUAAUUAGCUCCGAUAGGUAUUCUUUGUCAUUUAGAAAGCUGUGUUUUUUUUAAAUAUAUAUUUGCGUCGAUUUCAACGAGAAAAAGUUUUUACCACCCCCUCCCCCCCGCUGACUGCGAUGGGAAACUCGUUAGGCUGUGUCGACAACCAGGAGCUGGAUUUCGAUCCAACAAAGGCUCCGCUUGAAGCCACCUCGGAGGUCGUCAACAAGACGUACAAGGGCAAGAAGAAAAAUAAGUACACACUGAAGAAGCGCUUAUGGUUAUCAGACCCAGAGGCUCUAGCAAAGGAAACGGCAAUACCAGUGGAUGAAGUUUCACUCAGCACUGCUGUCCUAAACGAGUUUGAUUUACUGUCUGCGCAAGAUGACGGGAGAGUCAAGGCGCGGCUAUCGAAACACAGCAACAUUAGUUCGCUGGAAGAGGCUUUGGAUGCUCAAGAUGAAGCUAACCAGGGUGAAGAGGAGGAGGAGGAGGAAGAAGUGAAAGAGGUCAUCAAGGAGACUGAGGUCGAGGGAGUGAAGGUGACCAUAAUUGAACGCACGAAAAGCAAAGUCUCAAAGUCUUCUAUGCAGGAUUCGGUGUCCGAGAUGGAUCAAUUGCAGUGUGGAGAAUUGUCCAAGGAUGACGGCAGCCUGGUUUCUACCGGAGGCUCGGGACUCAAACGGGGUUCCACGUCCAAGAAGACCAUGAUCACCACGGAGAUAGUGCUUCAGGAGAUCGCCAGUGACGCUGACGUCGGCAAGUCGGCAAGUAUGUCACGCUUGGAACAGGUGCCAAGAGCCAAGAGCGGGGACCACAUUGCCGGUCAGAUUCACGCAAUCAGCUUGCACUCGGUUGUUGACCGGAAGGACAGGCGUGGAAAGGACGACCUGGCAUCUGCAUUCCAAACUUCGCCAACUUCACCGACCUCUGGACCCAAUCCAGGGCAGAGGCGGCAGAUUUUAGGAGAAGAUGGAAAUGAGUCGCCGUUAAGCGACAAGCAUCGCGCCGCUGGGGUCACAAGUAGGGGUGGAAUGGUUCCAAUUGGGGCAGAAAGAUACGGCUCGUCAAAUGCAGACUUCAAUGGGAGUAGCGUAUCUACGUUGAGUGACCCAGACUCUGGUAAUUUUGGGCAGAGUGUGGGAAAACUGAGUCAGAUGAGCCCUGCAAAACGCCGAUUUUUCGACCUCGAGCAACCGGUUAAUAUUCAUCCUGCCAUCUCCACGACAGAGGGUGACACGUUAGUCACUCCGCUGAAAGGCAAGCAAGAGAGGUCUAAUGGUAAAGAAGAUGUGUCUGCAAACCUCAGCGGCCUCGGCCUUGCCAUGCAAAGCAAGGCUCCAUUAGGUUCAAUGAAAGUCCAAGACGGAGAAUCGUUGGGUGAAUCAAAUGCGCCUGUAAAGCGAGCGGCCACGCUGAAUGAGGGACAUGCAACUGGGAAUGCUGAUGGAUGGUUGAAGGAAGAUUUAGCCGCUCAAGACAACGCCGUUCCUUUUGAAGUCGAAAUGGAGAGUGCUACCCCUGCUCUUGAAGCCAGAGAUUCAUCGCAUGAAAUGGUGUCGGCGGGGCAGGCGGGUGGCACGCCAGGCAGGGAGCGGCUACUGGCUUGGGCGCGGCUGGUCGCAAAGGAUGUCCCCGGGCUGUCGUGCCACAACUUCUCGAGCAGCUGGAGGGACGGGCGGCUGCUCUGCGCCAUCGUCCACGCGCACAGGCCGGGUCUCGUGGACCUGGAGGAGGUCCGGCGCCGGGGCGCGCGGCAAAACCUGGAGGAGGCCCUCUCGCUCGCGGAGUCGGAGCUCGGCGUGCCGCGGCUGAUCGACCCGGAAGAUGUGGACGUGGACGCCCCUGAUGAGAAAUCCAUCAUCACAUACGUCUCCGCGCUGCACAAUGCCCUCCACAAGCAAGGCGGGCAGAGCCGUGUUGCCCUGGAUGCGAAUGAGGAUGCGGACGAGUUCUGGAGACUGGCUGCCUCCCUGCGAGUCUGGAUUGAGGAGCGUACCAUCACCCUGCAAAGCAGAACCUUCCCGUACAGCAUCGACAAGCUGAUGGUGACGCAGAAGGAACACGCUCUCAUGAAAAACUCAGAGUUUCCAAAGAAGAAAGCCGAACUGCUGCAGCUGGAGGAGGUGUACAAGUCAAUGGAGCCGCAGCUCAGCAAUGACGGGCAUGAGGCCUGCCGGCCCGACGAACUCCAUGAAGCCUGGAGUGGCCUGCUCAACGCGUCCGCCAACUACGAAGACGCCAUCGUCACCGAGGUUCAAAGGCUGGAGAUGUUACAGAGGCUGGCGCAGAAGAUGGAGGUGGACACCAACACUUGCGCCGAAGGCCUCAACAAAGUCUACGAGGCUCUGCAAGCCGACGUGGCUCUGAUAAACUCUGGCCGAGCCCCACAGCACGGAGAGGAGAUCUCCCGCUGCCUCUCGGAGAUCGAGGUGUUUGUGCAGAGUCUCUAUCCCGACGUGCGGACGCUCACAGACGGGGGAUGCUCCCAGCCGGAGCUGCUGCAAACCCGGCUGCGGCGGCUGGAGGAGCAGGUGGCGUCUUUGCGAGCGGAGCACGCGAAGAUCACGUCUCGUGCCGGGGAAGGGGCUCGAAAACGCAGCCGGGAUGAGGCCCAACUGCAGGAGGCGUCUUCCCAGCAGGACCAGACCGCCGCGGCCUACCUGCAGGAGCUGCUCACCUGGGUGCAGAGCAACCAGGUAACGGUUGACAAGUCUGGCUAUGGCAAAGACUUGGAUGAGACGACGGCUCUGCUGGAAGAGCAAAAGGCCCUUCACCAAACCAUCGAGAACUUUCGGUCAAGCCUGGGUGAAGCUCAGCAAACAAUGCAGAGUGUGUCGCAAGGCAGCCGCUACGACUACAGCAAAUCACUGGACAAGCUGGAGCAACAAUACAGCAAGCUCUUGAACGGCUCGCGAGCGCGGCUCGGGCUGCUCGAGAACCAGCAGGGCUUCCUGCGCCGCUGCCAGCGGGAGAUGCUGUGGCUGACGCAGCGUGAGGAGCGCGAGGUCGCGUACGACUGGAGCGACCUCAACCCCGACCUGGAGCCCAAGAAGGAGGCGUACGCCCUGCUGGUGCGAGAGCUGGAGCAAAGGGAGCCGGCGUUCCGGGAGGUGGUGCAGACCGGGGAGGACUUGGUUGGCGAAGGCCACCCUGGCAAGCCGACCAUCCAGGCCUACCUGCUCGCCCUCAAGACCCAGUGGUCUUGGCUGCUGCAGCUGUGCUCCUGCGUCGAGACGCACCUGGCCGAGAACGCUGUCUACUUCCAGUUCUUUAAGGAUGCCCGGGAGCUGGAGCAGCAGCUGCGACGCGUGCAGGAUGCGGUGCGGCGCCGCUACGCGUGCGACGUGAGCACUCCGCUCGCACGCCUCGAAAACCUCCUCCAGGAUGCCCAGGAGGAGAAGGAGCAGCUGUCGGAGCUCAAGGUGGGCGCAUCGAAGCUGCACAAGCGAGCCAAGGGUGUGGUGCAGCUGAAGCCUCGCCGGCCCGAUUUCUCGCCGCGCUCCCCGACCCCCGUCACGGCGCUCUGCAACUACCACCAGGACCAGGUGACGCUGACCAAGCACGACGAGUGUUCGCUGAGCGGGGCCGAGGACGGCCGCUGGACCGUGAGCAGCCCCUCCGGCCGCUCGGGCACCGUGCCCUCCGUCUGCUUCCUCGUGCCGGCGCCCAACAAGGAAGCGCUCGACUCUGCUGCACGGGUGGAGCAGCGGUACCAGGACAGCGUGUCUCUCUGGAAGCAGCUCUACGGCAAAAUGCAGGGGCUGUUGCUGUGGCAGCACCUCCAUGCUGACAUGGGCAUCGUCAUGGCCUGGAAUAUCGACAACUUCCGUGGGCUGGCAGAGCAAGACUACCUGUCCGUGAUGGAUGCCCUGGAGAGCCACUACGGGCAGCUGGAGGGCCACAACGAGGCGAGCCAGGCCUUCUCCGCGGCCGAGAUGCAGCAGCUGCGGGGGGACGUGGCCGCAUGCCGCACGCGCUACCAGCAGCUGCUGGAGCAGCUCGUGCUGGAGGAGAGGACGGACGAGGACAGCGAGCAGCUGCUGUCGGACCUCGCGGCGCUUUCUCAGCGGCUGCGGGAGUGUCAAGAGCAGCUAACUCACGGCGUGCGUGCCCCGCUCGACGCCGAGACGGCGCAAUACGUGCAGCUGUGCUUGACUGCACAGGAGGGGCUGCACCGGGAGGUGGAGAGCCUCGGCUCGGAGGUGGACCGGAUGGCGCAGAAGUGCGAGCCAGUGCUGAACCAAGGUGUCGCGAGCCCUCGCCUCCACGCUCUGAGGUCCCAGCUGGAGCAGCUGCAGCACUCGCUCCAGCAAACGCACAGCCUCUCGCUGCUCUACCGCGAGAAGCUGAGCAUGUUGAACGAGGUCAAGUCCAGCAUGGAGGAGACGGAACGACUUCUCGGCUCCUACGAGGGCCGACUCUCCGAGGAGAGCGCCAUCCCGAACGAGACGGACGGCAUCGACGCUUACCGCAACACCGUCAGGCAAUGGCAGACGGAGGUGUCCCAGAAGCGGCGCUCGAUGCGGGGCCUGGAGGAGGCCCUGGGCCGCGCGCUGACCGUGGGCGAGCGUCUGUCGCGCACGCACGGCGAGGCCUGCGUGGACCUGGCCCGCAUGCGUGACGCCACGCAGGCCCUGCAGGGCCGCUGGGACAGCGUCGAAGCGCAGGUCGACUCGCGGGUUCGUGACCUGGAGAAGCUGUCACGCAUCCUGGGCCACUACCGUCAGUCGUACCAGACCAUAAUGCAGUGGGUGCAGGAAGUGGGCGGCCAGCAAGAGGAGCCCCUCCCCACGCAGACGGCCGACUACCAGGAGCUGAGCUCCCAGCUGAACCAGCACAAGGAGCUGGUCACUGAGAUCGACAAGAGGCAAGACAAGGUGAACGAGUGCCAGCGCUACUCCGAGCAGUACCGCGCAGCGCUCAAGGAGUAUGAGAUGCAGCUGAUGGAGUAUCGCGCCCUGGUGGAAUCGGCGCACAGUGGCCCCAGCAGGCACCAGUGGCAGCAGUCAGAAGCUGACACCAUCGCGCAAGAGUUUCUGGACCUGCGAGGUCGCUACACGGCUCUCGUGAACCUCACGGGUCACCGUGUGAAGACCAUCAGUGACUCGCUGCAGCACCUACAGCAGCAGGAGGAGACGACGGGAAAGUGCACCGGGAUUGGAGGGGAGUUCGUGUCCAGCGACCGCGGCGAGGAUUGGGGUGGAGAGGAAACGGCGGACACCUGCGCAGGGAGCCCGGCUCCGCAGGUCUUCAGUGAUGAGAGUCCAUCAUCAACGCAGAAUGCUCUGCCUGAGCAAGAUGCAACCGAUUCAGCUAUUUGCCUGAACGAAGACUCGGACGACGCGCAGAUAGCCCGUGAGGCCGAAGAGGAUCCGGCACGGGACGCGACCUUCUCGCUGGGGUCGCUGGACGGCUCGGAAGCGCUUCACGCGGAGUGCGACAGCCACCGCAGCGCGUCGGAGAUGUGCGCAGACGGAGACGACGAUAAAGACGAUGAAGACGAGACGCAAGGCUGCGAACUCGAAUCUCCUUCGGUUUUCAGCCGCGAGCACGUGGACCUUGCCACGAUGUUAGACCAACGGCUUGAAGACGAUGAGCCUGAAGACGCAAGCAAAGCCAGGGAGGGUGACCCGAACUCUCAGGAGCAGCAGUUUCUGGACAGCUGGAAAGCCAUGCACACGUGGUUGCUGGAGAUCUCAGACGCCCUGAGCCAAGAGCCGGGCUGUGAUGAUGGCAUCGAUACACUUACGGAACGGCUCCUCAAGCUCAAGGAGCUUCAGGGAGGCCUGCGCGCUCACGAAGAGGCCUACGAGGAGUGCGUGGAUCUCGGAGAGUUGGCGGUCGAGGCCGCGGCCCUGACUUCAAACCACGGCCAACUUCAGAGCAUGCUGGGAGAGAUGCGGGGCACGUGGGAGAAGGUGCAGGCCCUGUCUGCCGAGCGGGAGCAAAGCUUGGAGGCAUCGUUGAUGCUCUCAGGGCAGCUGGUUGACGCCCUGCAGGCCCUGUCCGCGUGGCUCGACGGCGUCGAACCGCUCCUGUCACCUGACUUUCCCGUCCUGGGCGACAUGGACACGGUCGCCAGGCUCCUGCGCGAGCACCAGGCCCUCCGCGAGGAGCUGUCGGAGCAUGGGCAGAGCGCGGAGUUUGUGCGCCGCGCCUCGCGGGAGUGCGCCGUGCUGGGCGGCGGGAACUCGUGCGGCAUGGUGGAGCGCUCCGAGGCGCUGCUCGCCCGCUGGGAGGCCGUGUGCUGGCUCGCCACCGCCAAGGAGACGCGCCUCCACGCGGCGCUCCAGCAGGCGGAGGAGCUGGCGAGAGCGAUGACGCGGCAGCUGGAGUGGUGCACCUUGGCCGAUCGGAUGCUCUACCCGCACGACGCCCUGCCCGAGGAGGAGGAAGCCUUGCAGGAGCUGGCCAAGCAGCACGCGGAGUGGAUGCUGGAGCUGGAGAGCAGGGAGGAGGAGAUGGCAAGGAUCUCUGGCCUGGCUGAUGCCAUCUUGUCUACCUGUCACCCCGACGGCACAAUCAGCCUCAAGCAGUGCCUGGCCUCGGUGCACAACAACUUCCAAGAGGUGAGUGGCCGGGCCUGGCGGCUCCAGGCCUGGCUGGACACGUCGCUGCGGGAGCUUGAGGAGCAGGCACACCUGGCGGAGGAGAUGUUCCUGUGGCUGCAAGAGGCGCAGGACUCGCUGGCCGAGAAGGAGACGGAGCUCCUGCCCCAGGAUGAGGAGUCCAUACAGGGCCUCAUCGACGAGCACCAGAGCCUGAUGGAGAGGAUGAUGCUGAAGCAGCCGGAGAUGGACCGCCUGGGUAGGUGCAACAGGCGCAAGCUCUCCAGCGAGUCGCAGCUGAGUGGGACCCUCUCCCCCUUUCUGGACAAGACGAGGACGCGCAAGCUCUCGGGCUCGCAGCCCGACAGCCCCGUGUCGUCGCCGCUGUCCCCCGGGCCGCUGUCUGAGCCGCGAGACCCCCACGUGACGGCGCUCGUGGCCUGCUGGCACCAGGUGUGGCUCGCGGCGCUGGAGCGGCAGGGCCGGCUACGCGACGCCCUCCAGCAGAGCCAGACGAUGUGGCAGGAAAUGGAGCAGGAAAAGUUCAGCUUCGCGCAGUGGAGGAAGCGCUUCUCGCAACAGACGAAGCUGAAGAAGUCUCGUCUCAUGGACAUCUUCAAGCGUCUGGACGGAGACCAGGACGGCCGCAUCACACGGGAUGAGUUUGCCCGCGAGAUCUCUCUGCUGGGGCUGGGCAGCGAGGAGUGGGAGCUGGACGCCGUGGUCGGGAGGUUCGGGGUGCAGGAGGGCACGCUCGUGGACUACUACCAGUUCGUCUCCGAGCUGUGCCCCAGCAAAGCUGGCGGCAGCAUGACAGACGCCGACAAGAUCGACGACGAGGUCAUUAGAAAGGUGUCCGCCUGCAAAUGUUCCCGGAGGUUCCAAGUGGAGCAAGUGGAAGAAAACAAAUACAGGUUUGGGGACUCGCAGCAGCUGCGCUUGGUGCGGAUCCUGCGCAGCACGGUGAUGGUGCGCGUGGGCGGGGGCUGGCUCUCGCUGGACGAUUUCCUCCAGAAGAACGACCCGUGCAGAGCCAAGGGCCGCACCAACGUGGACCUGCGAGAGCGGCUGUCGUCGGGCGAGGGCGGCGGCAAGGCCAUGGUGCUGUUCCGGAGCAAGAGUGGCGGCGGGAAGGUGGCGGCUCCGAGCCGACACAACUCCACCAGCAGCCUGCCCAGCCUGAGCGCCUGCCCUGAAGACGCCGCUCCAGCCGGCGGCAGCCGUGACUCCCAGCAGGCGUCCGAUGCCGCUGCGAACAAAUUUAAGAAGUCAGGAAAUGGAAAGUCUGGGCGCAAGGAGCGCAUUGGCCAGCUCAGCUGCUCCGUGUCCAGCAUACCCUCCCACGCCCCGUCUUCAGCAGGCUCCCACAAGCCCUCGGGAAUCCCUCCAGCAACCACUGCCGAGGCGCGUCCUGGGAACAUCAGCAGCAGCAGGGUGUCCCCCACGCAGCGACGCAGUGGCACCGCGCCAGCUCCACUGGCAAGGAUGGCCACCAAGGUCGAGCCAUCCACAGCCCCGGCGGCCGACGGACCCAACCAGAAAGCCUCCCGGCCGCUGCCGGCCAAAGUGUCCAAGAUUCCCACUCACGCGAGCCACGCGACCUCCCGGACAGCCACUUCCAAUGGCCCAAAGCACUAGAGCCUUGUUUCGAAGGCGGCACGUUGUUUGGAAUGCCCAUUUUUGUUGUACGUACGUACAUAUGUUGAAGUUCUUUCGCACCGUACGUAGCCAACCAUGCUACUCGGAGGUGCGGGCGAAGGACAACAAACUAAACGCGAAAAGCAGUUCGAUAUAAAUGAGUUUUCAAUUUAAAAUGUGAAGCCAUAUAAUAUAUUUUACAGCAGUUUGACCAUAGUGAAGCCAGUCUUAACUGGGAGAAUUCUACGUCCGAGCAUAUUUGAUACCCACGAUUCCACCCGAGAAAAUUCCUGCAAGAACCAACAGUCUUCUAUGGGUGGUUCCCCUGUUAAAAUAGCCAAUCAAUUGAAUGAGAUCCUUACGGGAAAACGGCUAUGGAUGAUUCGUGCAAUAAGAUGGGAUUCUAUUGAGAUUCUGUUGCAGAUAUAGCUUAAAUUUCGAUUUAAAGCUUUCGUGACUGCAGGGAUUCAUGUUCUUGGUUCUUUCGGUAAAGUCACGUAGAAGGGAAAUAAUAAAAUAAUACACAUAAAACAUAAUCAAAUUAAAUUCGUCGUGAGAAUUUAAUUUCAUUAUGUUUUAUGUGUAUUAUUUUAUUAUUUCCCUUCUACGUGACUUUACCGAAAGAACCAAGAAUACAGAUAUAGCAUUAGCUAAGCAUUGGCAAUGUCAUCCUAUCAAUAGGCCAAAAUCGCCAUUGCAAUGCAUUACUAUGCUUCGAGCAUAGAAUUGGGCCGAUUCCACGUUAAUUGCAAUGUGGCAUUGAGGAUACGAGGUCCCAUAGGACCUAGAUGGGCUCGUGGAGGCUGUCCCAGGGACGCUGCUUACCCACAUCUGCUUCAGGAUAUCGCCAAGCCUAGCAAGGCAAGGCAGGCCCCACUAGCCCUACUCUCUCACCUGUAUGGUAUAAUACAAUUAGGGUGGAAUUGGCCAAGUUUAAUACAAUAGACAUUUGCACAUGGUCCAGAGUGGUAGUCUCAGAAAUCUGGGUGUUAGUUCUGAACACGAUGAGCAUCCUGAGGAGCUCUAGUCCUGAAUAUGCUUGGAUAUUUACGUGCUCAAUUAAAUGUCAAAUGCUGCACUGGGAGGUAAAAAAUGUCCGUGUGAAAGUUUUUAUAAGCAGGAUAUUCUGUUUGUCAGUGCAUGACGAGAGCCAGGAAAUGAAGUGGUUCAUUAUCUACAGGUCAACAUCUGACCCACCAGAGUUAUUGUUACUUGUGCAUACAACAGCCAAUAUUAUGUACUCUUACCUCUUACACACGUCAUAGGGUAUGAAGAUUUCACAUCAGAAAACAAUAUAAUUGGACCCUAGCAUACAGGCCUGUUAACUGGGAUGUCAACAUUCUAUUGUGAGUUGCUUUUUCAGUAAAAUAACACUGCUAAAUUUGAACUCCAGUGAACUCGAUUACCUCUGGGUGGAUUAACUGGCUUGUGGACUAACCUUGCUUGUGGCGUAUAAAAAUGUUUACACAUGCCCGAGUUUCAUUAUUAGCUGGUCCUUAAUCUAGAAGGGACAGCGACUCAUGCCACCAAUUAUGCAAAUCAAUCGACAAGUAAACCCACUGCUUUAAUAUAAACAUAGGAUGCACUGUCAACUAUUCUACAUAGGUAAACACUUUUAUCACCUAAAUUACAUGUUUUGCAUUAUCUGUUUUUUGUUACCAGUGCCACUCCUCCACACCAUUACCCAAGAUAAUCCAGUUAAAUGCAAGAUAACAACCUUGAGGCAUAUGAAAUGUGAUCUUACCUGCACUGCCAUGGGUAUGUCUCAUUGGCUUUUAGGCAUCGGUGAUACUAUUUCAUGAGAUUUAAGGAAUUGUUCUUGAUGACAAACACUGUAUUGCCACUAGAGAAUUAUGCAUUAGUGCAAAUAAUAAUUUUCCCUGUGGGUAGUAACUGCACCACGUUCCAAAAGCAAUACUCGCAAGGUACAAAUUAAAGGCGUGUGAAUUUAUAUCCACUGGAAUGCACGACUCGUAGAGUUCAUUUGUUGCAGAACCACUGGCUGAUUGUAAAACAAGUAUUUAAAGAAACCACAGCUCCUCUAGUUUGAGAUAAUUUUAUAUAUAUUGGGGGAAUGUUUUAAUGGUAGUGGUUUAACGCUAAAUGUAACUUAUUUUAAGGAUAUUGAAUGAUGGUGAUGUCAGAAAUGGGAACGUUUGUGGGCAUUUGUUUUGUAAAUAGCUACCAAAGCCUGGUCGACAUACACAGACCGAUGUUAUCUCUCUUUAACUGUGAAGUAUUGUGCACGCACGAAGCAUGAAUUCCCCCGGGAAUGCAAUUAGACAACGCCACUAUUGAUGCGCAUUUGCACAUGGAAGCAUUGGGACACCACGUGACCAUGCUGGUACUUCACAGGUAAAGGGAUAAGUCGGCACUGGCUGGUAUCCCAUCGUAUAUUCAGAUAUCUCUAGAAAGCUCACACUGCAAUGAAUGUCAUAGUUUUAUCAUGCGUUAUGUAUCUUAAGCGAGUGGUUUUAGCUUUGGGACUAUUAAGUAGCUGCAAUGUGAUAUCAGGAAAUGUUAACAUUGUCUGUGCUGGCAUUUGCCGUAGUUGUGCCGAUGUUCGUUUAGAGCAGUGUGGACAUCAGAGCUCCAGGUUGAUCAAGUCACACUCUGUGGCUUUGCAAUAUUGUUCAAUAUAAUCAAAUCACUGAAAAAAGUUUGCUUUUUUUUUAAAUGAGAUUUUUAACUUGUAACAUUUUUACAAUUAUACUACGCAUUAUAAUGGGUCGUAGGAUGCAUGUCCCACAUCAUAUUGCCAGAUAUUAAGGUCUUAGCUAUAUGGGUGUUUGCUCUUUCAAAAAUAAAGGUACAGAAUGACAAAACUCA